AUGGAGGCUGAUGAGCGACCUUCGAAGAUGCGAAAGCUGAGCCAUGGGACCGAAGAGUUGAUGCCAUGUCUGGAAGUAGUCAGCGAAACCAAGGACUCGACCCAUGUUCCGGACUCACGAUUACAAGAAGGUCAUGCUGCAAUUCAAUCUCCUCAACCACAAGUCAAUGAUGGAAUCAACGGCUUGGGGUUGGUAGAUGAGGCGGAAAACUCGAGCGGACAAGAUGCGGCAGACUCUGGCGAUCUACCGCCACCUGACGAGACUGCACCAUUAGCGGCUUCUGAUUUGAUCGGAGCCGGCGAUCAACCGAUGUCAAAGAACCAGCGCAAGAAGCUGCAGAAGAAGCAAGAAUGGGAGGCCAAACGUGGCGAUCGCAAGAUCAUCCGCAAAGAAAAGCUUGUUGCCAAGCGUGAACGAAAGCGGGAGGCACGACAGCAGCAGAACGACGAGACCAAUGGUGACCGUCAAGUUCCUGCUCCUGCUGCUAUAAAAGUCCUUCCAAUCAAAUCUGUCCAAUUGCCAGUGACCUUUCUUAUCGACUGCGACUUUGAUGGUCUUAUGCGGGACAAUGAGCGCAUCUCGCUCGCCUCUCAGAUUACGAGAUGCUAUUCGGACAACAAAACUGCCAAGUUCCGUGCUCACCUGACUGUCUGCUCGUUCACUGGAAAACUACGGGAGCGGUUUGACAACAUCUUGACUCACUACAAAGGCUGGCGGGGGGUACGCUUCCUGGAAAACGAUUUUGUUGAGACUGCCGAACAGGCCAAGCAAUGGAUGGCCGAGAAGAAAUAUGGUGGGUCUCUGGCUGGAUCGUUCUCAAAAUACUCUGGCGAGGACGAGACUACCCUGCCACGGCUGCAACAGGAAGGCGAGAUCGUGUAUCUUUCAUCGGAGGCAAGCGACACCCUUACUGAGCUCAAACCGUACAGUACCUAUAUCAUCGGCGGUCUAGUCGACAAGAAUCGUGAGAAGGGCAUCUGCUACAAGCGUGCGAAACAACGAGGUAUCCGCACGGCUAAGCUACCCAUUGGUGACUAUCUACAAAUGUCCAGCAGGAAGGUAUUGGCUACGAAUCACGUAAACGAGAUUAUGGUCAAUUGGUUGGAGACGGAAGAUUGGGGAGAGGCUUUCAUGAAAGUCAUUCCGAAGAGGAAAGGUGGCCAGCUCAAAGGUCAAGAUGACGAUCAAGAAACUGAGGGCGGUGCUGAAGAGAUACCUGACUCAGAACAUGACGGAGAUGUCGAGCAUGUGCCAUCUGAAGAUGUUCUUGCUAAGACAGCCUGA